AUGGUUCCGUCUCUGGACUAUUUCCCCGAAGAGUUACUACAUCAUAUUCUUUGCUACUGCCCACCCCGUUCCGCUGCCGCAUUAGAACAGACAGCUCGCCGAUUUCGCGGGGUAACAACAAAGCCUUUCUUAUGGCGAUAUUAUUGUCUGAGCCGUUUUAAGCACUGGGCCCGGCAACAUGAGUUACCAGCAAAGCUUGCAAGCCCUAUCCCUGCGGUAGAUUGGAAAUCGCUUUACAUACUAAAGCAUUUAAGAUACCGCGAGACCUGUCGUCUUCUGGACAGCAUCCUUGCAAAUCAAACGGGAAGAAUCGAGAAGAUUCGAAAGGUUAUAGGGCUUGGUUAUGAUGCCAAAGAUGCCCUUCUACAUAAUCUUGAGAUUCAAUCCAGUGUAGAAGAUUACUUGGCAAGGAGAUAUUAUGCCGAGGCGCUCCUCACUUGCCUUCAUCGAGCUCUCGCUGUACAAGAAUGGGCUAAACUGAGAAAUGGCGAGGAGGUGUCUCUAUACAGGGCAUUAGGUGCAUUCGACCUUUUUAGACCCGAGAGCGAUUUUGGCAGUCUGGAAGAGAUCAGCGAUAGACUGGACUCGAUUGCCUCGCUACUUCCUAUCAGCUGUCCAGACAUCCACCAGCUCACGUCUCGUAAUAAAGCCAGGGCAGUUGCGAAGUUCCUGAGGGCAAAUAGUCUCACCGGAAUUGGUGAAGAAAAAGAGUACCAUUGCUUGGAGCACAACUUUCUUGGUAUUGCUUUGAAUGACCCUCGGCACAAUUCACUUCCUCUGAUUUCGGCAACUAUUUAUUGCUACGUUGCUGAACGGUUCGGCCUGAACGCCCGGCCAUGCGGCUUCCCUUUCCAUGUCCAUGUGAUUAUCCUGCCGCCCAUCGGCUAUGAUAUGGACGAUAAUGUAAUUGAAGACGGGACACGCGGCAGCCCAAUUUACAUGGAUCCGUUCCGCUCAGAGAAGGAAACGCCAAUCACGGAUCUAGAGUAUCAACUAAACUUCUUAGGUGUCACUGCGGUCGAGCGAGCGAAGUUCUUGGCCGAAUCCCACCCUUCAGAAGUCGUCCUUCGGUGCAGCAAAAACAUUCUGAACUCGGUCCAACGUAUGUCUCAGUUUCCAGAUAUGCGCCUAACACCAGUGGAUGUCGUCUGUGCGAAGUAUGCUGCAAUUUGGUCCUCUUUGUUGCUUUCGGAUCUUGCUCGGCCUACUGAUGUCAGACAUAAUCUGCUAUGGCUAAUGGAGCUUUUUGCUACGGAGUUCCCAUCCGACAUCCACUUGAUUGAACAGUACGUGGCGCCUCUGCUUCAUGGAACGCCCGAGUAUGAGCAUAUUCUGGAAAGUCUCCAUGUGAUGCGAGCGGCGGACGAAAUACCUAAACAGGUAAAGAGGCGCUCUUCUCAGCGGAGGGAAGUAAAAUAUCGCGUUGGGCAGGUAUUUAGACAUCGCCGGUAUGAUUACCGAGCCAUCAUAACAGGUUGGGACACGGAGUGCGGCGCGGGUGAGCAAUGGAUGAGAAGGAUGGGAAUAGAUCGCUUGCAAGGUGGUAGGCACCAGAGCUUCUAUCAUGUGCUAGUUGAGGAUAAAAGUGUUCGUUAUGUGGCCGAGGAGAAUAUUGAGCUAAUGAGUCCCGAGGUCUCAGAAUUGCCCUCAACACUCGUGGCAGUAGCGGGAAAGCAUUUCAAAAGAUGGGAUUGGGAAACGAGGACAUUUGUCAGUAAUAUCAGGGAUGAAUAUCCUGAAGACUGA